GGCCGGUGGAGCCGGCCCUGCGGAGGCGCGGACGGUCGGGAGUCCUUGCGGCGACCGGCGCUCGCUGCCGAGCCCUGUUCCCCAGAGGCGCCUGGCCCUGGCGUCGCCCUCCGAUCACGCUAAGCUGGUGUCGGUGGCCCAGGGAGGAGCUGCGCUCUCGCCGGGUCCCUGCCGGGCCCGCCCGGUGGCCGAGGAGCGCGAGUGACCUGCAGGCCCUGGGUCGGAGAGAGCAGCCGUGUCCUGGGGUCGGGCGCUCGGUGCGCCGUGGGGCACAACUUGAGAGGAGACCGUAGUCCAGAGCGGGCUGCGCUGGCGGUUUCAUUUCCGGGUGUGAUGAUGGCCCGGCGUUUCAGAGCGAACUCAGACGUUGCCUUCACGCCGAAUGUGAACGUUGUCAAGCCGUGUCCUUGAUUGUGGAUAAGACAUUCUUUUUAAUCAGGAGUCAGUUAGCUGUCAGGCUCCUGAUAAAAAGGAGAAAAGGGGGAACAAGGCGUGGAUGGUCCUUACACAAUUACUUCGUUAAAAGACUAUCUCCAGUAGGAUGGGAAUUGUGGAGGUACUGCAGUGAAGAAAUCUGUAAUCAUGGAAUCGCCUUGCUGAUCAUCAGCACCUGUCCGCCCUGCUGAGCUGAGAGAAAGUGGGUCGAGGAGGAGGAGGAAAGGCCACCAUGAAGCUAAAGCAGCGCGUCGUGCUGUUAGCAAUACUCCUAGUCAUCUUCAUCUUCACCAAAGUUUUCCUGAUAGACAACCUGGAUACAUCAGCGGCCAACCGAGAGGACCAGAGGGCUUUUCACCGAAUGAUGACUGGCUUGCGGGUGGAGCUGGUGCCUAAAUUGGACCACACCCUGCAGUCUCCUUGGGAGAUUGCAGCCCAAUGGGUGGUGCCCCGGGAAGUGUACCCUGAAGAGACACCAGAGCUGGGAGCAAUCAUGCAUGCCAUGGCCACUAAGAAGGUCAUUAAAGCUGACGUGGGCUAUAAAGGGACGCAGCUAAAAGCUUUACUGAUCCUUGAAGGGGGACAGAAAGUUGUCUUCAAACCUAAGCGGUACAGCAGAGACUAUGUGGUAGAAGGGGAGCCGUAUGCUGGUUAUGACAGACACAACGCAGAGGUGGCAGCCUUUCACCUGGACAGGAUUCUGGGUUUCCGCCGAGCUCCCUUGGUGGUUGGCAGAUACAUUAAUCUGAGGACGGAGAUCAAGCCUGUGGCCACAGAGCAGCUGCUGAGCACCUUCCUAACUGUAGGGAACAAUACGUGUUUCUAUGGGAAGUGCUAUUACUGCCGAGAAACAGAGCCAGCCUGUGCUGAUGGAGACAUGAUGGAGGGAUCCAUCACACUUUGGCUUCCAGAUGUGUGGCCUCUGCAGAAACAUCGACACCCCUGGGGCAGGACUUACCGAGAAGGCAAAUUGGCCAGGUGGGAAUAUGAUGAGAGCUACUGCGAUGCUGUGAAGAAAACGUCCCCUUACGACUCAGGCCCACGCCUCUUGGACAUCAUUGACACUGCUGUCUUCGAUUACUUGAUUGGCAAUGCCGACCGCCACCACUAUGAAAGCUUUCAAGACGAUGAAGGCGCUAGCAUGCUUAUCCUUCUUGAUAAUGCCAAAAGCUUUGGGAACCCCUCGCUGGAUGAGAGAAGCAUCCUUGCCCCUCUCUAUCAGUGCUGCAUCAUUCGGGUUUCAACCUGGAAUAGACUGAACUACCUAAAGAAUGGAGUGCUAAAGUCUGCCUUAAAAUCUGCCAUGGCCCAUGACCCCAUCUCCCCUGUGCUCUCUGAUCCACACUUGGACUCUGUGGACCAGCGGCUUCUGAACGUCCUUGUCACCAUCAAGCAGUGUAGUGACCAGUUUGGGGUGGACACUGUGCUGGUGGAAGACAGGAUGCCGCUCUCCCACUUGUAACUCUGAACAGGAAACAAGUGGGACUGAUUUUUACAAAGAUAAACAGCACAAUCAAUUCCAAAUGGCAUGUGACGGCCGGAAGUGGCCAGCAGCAGGUUCUGGUGGUAGAAGACAGGGUGGCCCCGGGAGUGCCUGGUGUUCUCUGCAGUGUCCGCGUGGGAGCUUGUCUGUGGAUUCACCUGGCGGCCUCGAAGUUGCCCAUUCAAGCGGCGGAACCAGCUCUGGUCAGUCUUGUCCCCACACCAAGGGACAAAGAGGUGUGACACUGGCUGAGGAAUUGGUUCGAGAGU